CUGUUUCCCAAUUCCUCUAUGUACUCUCCCGUCUCAUUCACCCACUCCAAUCCACCCAACCCAUUCCCCCGGCCCCUCCAAAAUCUCCCUUUGCCUUCUCUUCACUGCCAUUGCAACAAUCCCAAAGCACAAAAUACACCAAUCACCAACCCCUACCCACCACCUCCUCUUCCUCCUCCGUCCAUCGCCGCCACCAGAUAUGAAAACCCAGUUCUGUUUUCCCUCUUUUUAGACCCAUGCACUCCAAAAUUCUUGUUUCAGUUACAGUCUGAUGUUCUAAAUUUUCAGUUUUGAACAAAAAGUGAACAAUAAAUUCAUUCAUAGCCAUGGCUUGUUCAACAUCGUCCCCACUAAUCCCAACCCUAAUCCUCCUCCUUUCUUUAACGAUUUUAUUCUUCUUUUUUGCCCCAAAAAUCCUCCCGCCGCGCCGAAUCUCAAUUUCUGUACCCGAUGAACUCGAUGACCUUUCACUAUUCCAGAAAGCCAUAGCCAUGGAUUCAGCCAAUUUGUCACGUAAACACCAUAAUAGACUUCCUUCCACCAGAUCCCGCCUCGGCUCCGCCUUCCACCGCCCCAAAAUCGCCUUCCUGUUCCUCACUAAUUCGGACCUUUACUUUGCACCGCUGUGGGAGCGCUUUUUUGCGAAUGUAAGCGUUAGUAACAACCCACACGAGCAUCUUUAUAAUAUUUACAUCCACGCUGAUCCUUCGGUGAAAAUUACCCCUCCAGAUGGGGUGUUUAAGGAUAAGAUUAUACCCUCGAAAAGGACUCAGAGAUCUUCGCCUACUCUGAUUUCGGCCGCACGUCGCCUCCUCGCCACUGCAAUGCUUGAUGAUCCUGCUAACGCGUACUUUGCGAUGAUAUCACAGAAUUGUAUUCCGCUUCAUUCCUUUAACUAUCUGUAUAAUUUUCUAUUUGAUCUGAGAAAAUUGUCGGGAGACUUGGAGUUUCCUAGUUACAUUGAGAUCUUAUCGGAUGAGCCGACUCUAUGGGACAGGUAUAAUGCCAGGGGUGAAAAUGUAAUGCUCCCAGAAGUGGAUUUUGAUCAAUUCCGAGUGGGUUCUCAGUUUUUUACAUUAACUCGAAAACACGCUCUGAUGGUGAUCAAAGAUAGGCGAUUAUGGAGGAAAUUCAAGUUGCCUUGUCUAAAUGUUGAAUCUUGUUAUCCAGAGGAGCAUUAUUUUCCUACACUUUUGUCAAUGCAGGAUCCGAGGGGAUGCACACAUUACACAUUGACAAGGGUGAAUUGGACUGGCAGUGUGAAUGGGCAUCCACACACUUAUCACCCUCCUGAAUUGUCCCCUGAGCUGAUCUACAGGCUCAGGGAAUCCAACUCGAGUUAUUCCCACAUGUUUGCGAGGAAAUUUUCUCCAGAUUGCUUGGCCCCCUUGAUGGACAUUGCCGAUUCAGUUAUUUUCAAGGACUGAUUUUUGCCUCAGAAGAAGAAAAUGCCAGGCAAAAAUUGAGCCUUUACAAUGGAACAAUGUUGGAGUACCAUGCGGAAUUAGGGUUUUCGAGAGGCUGUUAAAAUAAGUGCCCUCAUCCUAAGUUAACCCAAAGGAGUCCAACUCAAGCAACGGAAAAAAGCUAUCAAAAUCAAGUAGUCAAUAGUAAGUUGAGGUGUAAUUUGGUGAUGUAAAGUUUCUAAUGGUGGUUCGAAUUGGAUUCCGCCAGAGAAAAAAAAAAGAAAAAAGAAAAAAGAUCGGUAUUUCUAUAAAGGGAUUGUUUAUCUUCCCUUUCCAUCGUUUGUCUUGUACAAUAUGUGUAGAUUGGAUGGAUGUUCAUGUAAUGUUAAAAGAAUGAUU